AAGUCCGUAUCCGGCUCUGGUGGCGCUCCGGGUCUGUCGGGCAGGGGUGGCAAGAUGAAGCCGGCGCUGGCGUUGCUGUUGCUGCUGGCGGUGGGGCUGAGCGGGACUUCGGCGCAGCCGGGCGGGCUGCCGCCUGGGAAGAAGCUGCGCAUGGCCUACACCACGGGGCCGCUGCUCAAGUUCCAGAUCUGUGUUUCCUGAGGAUACAGGCGGGUGUUUGAGGAGUACAUGCGGGUUAUUAGCCAGCGGUACCCAGACAUCCGCAUUGAAGGGGAAAACUAUCUUCCUCAACCAAUUUAUAGACAUAUAGCAUCUUUCCUGUCAGUCUUCAAACUAGUGUUAAUAGGCUUCAUUAUUGUUGGCAAGGAUCCCUUUGCUUUUUUUGGCAUGCAAGCUCCAAGCAUCUGGCAGUGGGGUCAAGAAAAUAAGGUCUAUGCUUGUAUGAUGGUUUUCUUCUUGAGCAACAUGAUUGAGAACCAGUGUAUGUCAACAGGUGCAUUUGAAAUAACUUUAAACGAUGUUCCAGUGUGGUCUAAGCUGGAGUCUGGGCACCUUCCUUCCAUGCAGCAGCUUGUUCAAAUCCUUGAUAAUGAAAUGAAACUUAAUGUGCACAUGGAGCAAAUGCCGCAUCAUAGAUCAUAGCCCCAUCCAUCAGUACUGAAAACUUCUUACAUUAAGUGACACUUUCCAAAGGCAACAUGAACGAAAUAAAUGAAGGCCUGUACUGAAGACAGCACACUGUUGGUACAGACUGGAUGCUCCCCUCGCCUUCAUGUUGUUCCUCCUGAAAAUCUUAAUGCGAGACCCCUUUCAGCGCUGGUAUGUUUCCAAGUACUGCACAUUCAAAGAGUGCAAUAACACUGUAUAGUUCUUUUUUAAAAAAGUUAAUUCAUUCAGUUUAAUGCUAGACAAUGCAGGCAUUAACUGAUUAAAAGUUCUUAUUUGGGUUGGAUCCAGACUAAAUUAGUUGCAUUUAUGUCUCGUUGAAGUCAAUUAGACUUAAAUGCAACUAACUUUGUUUUGAUCUAAAGCAUUAUGUUCAUGUCUAUGAAGAUGACAGAAGGAGAUAAUAUCCUAAUAUUUUCCCUGGGGAAAAAUAUCUGAUCUGCUCUAUGUGGAAUUUAUGUUCUGGUUGUAGUUUAAAAUGGAUCUUUAGGAGUACUGGUUAUCUUUUAAACUGGUUUGGAUAAUAAUUGAUGGCUGUCAAUCAUUGCUCAUUUGGUUAUGUAAGUUUUGUAUAUUUUCAGAGUAUAUUGCUGAGUGAAUGGUGCAUUGUAUACUAAAUUAUAUAAACAAAAUUAUAUGCAGAGUAACUACCCUCAACGUGACUUCAAAGAAGACCAAGUGCUGUUUAGUUUCCCUCGGCAAUUUGAAAACUGUUUUCUGGGCCAGUCUAAAUGAUCAAGUGGCUUGGCCUUUAUGCUGUCUAAAUAUGAACUAAGCAAACUAAUUUAAAUAAAGAAAUUUCGUUUA